AUUCAGUUGUGAUCAGCGAAAGGAAGUGAAUGUCUUAAUACAUAAUUACAACAAAUUUUUAUCCAAUUUUAAAAUUUGUGACCAAAACCAUGAGAAUAACUGUUUGUCUGAUGAAUGGCAGUCACUUGAAGGACUCGAUUUGAAUGGCAGACAAAAUUUGAAUGAUUCACGAAUUGAUAGGUUUAGGCAUUCCCUCAAAACAAAGUCACAAAAUACACAUCGAGUUAUAAACUCAAUUAAAAACAAAUAUAUCAAGCAAUGGAGAUAUGUAUGCGAAUGGCCCGGUUCAGUGAGAACCUGAAGGAACACAAAGAUAGCGUUCAUUUAGAGCUGAAAAUCUUUGUGUGCGAUUGGGUUGGUAUUGAUUGCUUCAAAUGCAGUCCACCCGGAUGUGAGGAACAAUUCUCUAAGAAGUGUCAACUAAAAGUACAUACAAUCAAAUACCAUACCAAUGAUAAGCCACACAAAUGUGAUCAGUGCACAUAUGAGACCACAUAUAGAGCCCUAUUAUUACGUCAUAAGCGUAUUCAUGGUCCCGAGAAGGCACUUAAGUGUGACUGGCCUGACAAAGACAUCAUCUCAAAGCUCAUACACUUAAACAUACCGGUGAGCGACCAUUCAGUUGUCAGCAAAUGGGAUGCGAUCGAAGGUUUACAUCGCGACAAGCCAUGAGAUUUCAUAUGCAAAAAGUUCACAAC